AUGUCGUCGCUGGAACAGAGGCUGUCGCGAAUCGAGGAGAAACUAAAGCAAGAGAACAUCGAGUCUCGCCGAAGGAUCGACCUGAACAUCGACAUGAGUCCGCAGCGAUCUCGUCCGAGGCCAAUCAUCGUGAUCCAGCUCAGUCCUGCUCCAGCCCCUUCCCAGCGUGCAGCGCUCCAGCUGCCCCUGGCCAACGAUGGCGGAAGCCGCUCGUCAUCUUCAGAGAGCUCGCCACAGCACCACUCUUACCCCAGCCGCCCGCGACAACUGCUCACCCUGCCCACACCUCAGUACGGCCUGCAGAAGAGUCUAGAGAAUGCAGAGAUUGACCAAAAGCUGCAGGAGAUCAUGAAACAGACGGGUUACCUUAAGAUUGAUGGCCAGCGGUAUCCAGCGGAGGUGACAGACCUGAUCAGUGAGGGGGAGAUUGGAAGCGGCACCUGUGGGCAGGUCUUCAAAGUGCGUUUCAAGAAGACCGGCCACGUCAUUGCUGUCAAACAAAUGCGUCGCACAGGAAACAAGGAUGAGAACAAGCGGAUCCUGAUGGACCUGGACGUGGUGCUGAAGAGUCAUGACUGCCCUUACAUAAUCCAGUGCUAUGGCGCCAUUGUUGCCAAUACGGAUGUAUUUAUUGCCAUGGAGCUGAUGGGGACCUGUGCUGAGAAGCUGAAGAAGAGAAUCCAGGGGCCCAUCCCUGAGCGCAUCCUAGGAAAGAUGACCGUAGCAAUAGUGAAGGCGCUGCUGUACCUGAAGGAGAAGCAUGGCGUCAUUCACCGGGACGUCAAACCCUCCAACAUCCUGCUGGAUGCCAAAGGCCAGAUAAAACUCUGUGACUUCGGCAUCAGCGGACGCCUGGUCGACUCCAAGGCCAAGACCCGCAGCGCCGGCUGUGCUGCCUAUAUGGCGCCUGAGAGAAUAGACCCGCCCGACCCCAGCAAGCCUGACUAUGACAUCCGAGCAGACGUGUGGAGCCUGGGCAUUUCUCUGGUGGAGCUGGCCACAGGGCAGUUCCCCUACAAGAACUGCAAGACCGAUUUUGAGGUUCUUACCAAAGUGCUGCAGGAGGAUCCUCCUCUCCUGCCUCUCAGCAUGGGCUUCUCCCUUGACUUCCAGUCAUUUGUCAAAGACUGUCUCACAAAGGAUCACAGAAAAAGGCCAAAAUACCACAAGCUGCUUGAGCACAGUUUCAUUCGGCGCUACGAGGUGCUGGAAGUGGAUGUGGCAGGCUGGUUCCAGGCGGUGAUGGAGCGCACCGAGUCGCCGCGCAGCAGCCAGUGUUACAGCCACCAGCACCAACUCCAUUCACUCUUUAGCAGGUAGCCUAGCCUAGCCCAGCUCAACGCUAGCUUAGCCCAACGUCAGCCUAGCCUGGUAUUAGCUUAGCCGAGCCCACCUUAGCCUAGCUUAGCCGAGCCUAGCCUAACGUUAGCUACGUCUAGCGUUGGCUUUGUCCGCCUGCCUUGCCGGGAGCCUGGAGAGCCGCAGCCUGGGACCUCUUCUGAGGAAAGCUAGCGGGAGAAACGGAUGGAGACUCAGUGGAGGGCUCUGGAUUGACAGAUGGAUUGAUGGAUGAACAGAUGGAUAAAAUAUGUCGGGGGGGGGGGGCGUGUUUAUAUAUUGGUGGUAUUCGUUUAAUUUGGACAGGCAGACGGACGGACGGAGCAGGGAAAGACUCAUGUAGUUUCUGUCAUUAUACUCAUCGCACAUAAUAACACAUCAUACAAACACGUGUCAGUCUAUAUCCACCGUACGUGUGUACAGUCAUACUUAUUUUAGUCAAACAUUACAGCGUACCUAUGUGUGUGUGUGUGUGUGUGUGUGUGUGUACGUGGUUUUCUCUGUUAUUCACCAGUCGGUCAUUUUCCUGUCUGUUCCCCUGCAUUGAUCCAGGUCAUUGGAUUAGACAACAGAGUAGUCAUUACACACUGGAACAAAGCAACAGCUUAAUUAAUGAAUUAAUGAAUUAGCAUUUAUGAAUUAAUUUCACAUGAUCAUUAUGGUGGACACGGCAAGGUCCAGUGCAAUUAUGAGUCUUCAGGUCUUUUUACUAUUACACAUUCUCAGGCUGUGUGUGUGUGUGUGUAUAUGCACGCACGCGCGUGUGUGUGUGUGUGCGUGCAUGU